AUGUCAUCCCAACAAUAUUGUGAAGCACAUUACAAAGUAAGUAGAGCUCUUAAUACUGCUACUACCACCAUUAAUGAUAUGAUCGUAAAUGCAGUUGAUAAAGUUCACAAGUUUGCUGAAAAUCACCCCACUACUACAAAGGUUGUUAGCCAUUCAGUUGUAGCGGUGGUUAGUGUUGUCGCUACUAAGGCCACUAUUUGCCCUUCGAAUCCCAUACCUGAUAGACAAAUUCUUGAAAACAUGCUAGAUGGAGAUGAUUCAACCCCAGGUUCUGCAUCACAAUUAGUUAACGAGCAAGCUGAAUGUCAAAAAGUGAUCGGCGUGUCAAUUUGUCAUGCACAUAUGUCUACCUCUUGCAAUUCUUCAGAUAACUUAACCAAAACUGAUAUAGGUGAGAAAACUUUACCGGAAAUUGAGCACAAAACCCACACGUCUAUUUACAGAAGAUCAGACACCAUCAUCAUCAAUGAUGUCGACCACAUAUUCUCCACCAAGAAGUUAUUAGAUGAUUCGGAUAGCGGAGCUAGACUCGAAGAGUCAUUACAAGGCCCUUCGAAUCCCAUACCUGAUAGACAAAUUCUUGAAAACAUGCUAGAUGGAGAUGAUUCAACCCCAGGUUCUGCAUCACAAUUAGUUAACGAGCAAGCUGAAUGUCAAAAAGUGAUCGGCGUGUCAAUUUGUCAUGCACAUAUGUCUACCUCUUGCAAUUCUUCAGAUAACUUAACCAAAACUGAUAUAGGUGAGAAAACUUUACCGGAAAUUGAGUGA